UGGAGGGAAAAAAGUAUGCAUCUAUUGAGUACCCCACGUUUGUUGUUUCCAGUCCGAUUUGACCAGGGCUCAAGGCAGUUUCGCCCUCCGCCUUACACUUGGUUGCUCCCUACAGCGUAUUUCACCAGCUUUAGUUGAAUUGGAGGUAUGCAGUAACCCUACUCUCCUCAACCCGUUUAGAAAAGGGAGAGCAGAGGCAUGAGAUUCAGGUGUUCAAACGUCUGACCCUAGCUAAUAGCAUCCCUCAGGAUAUUAGUUGAGGUUUUGGAAUUGGCUGGAAUUGCAGCUCGUGAUGUUAAGUACACAAAAACUGAAACUUGCUAUAUAAUCUAUGUUAUCCUGGGAUAAUUGAGGCUUAAUUUUCGAAGGUACAUUAGUCUAGUUUCUGUAAUGGAUGGUUCUUGAAUUCCAUUUGGUAAUCUGUUUGAUUCUUUGAUUUUUGAACCUUAAAUGGUGCUCAGUAUAAGUUAUAAACUUUUGUUAGAAAUUCCAGUUAACCGAUACAAAGAGAAAGAAGUUUCCGUUAUCCACUUACAAAUCCCACAAGUAAAGGAACUAUUUGAUUACUUUAGAGCCUCUAUCACAGUUCAUUCCAGCUUUCGCUAAUACUAUAGCAUCAUAUCCAGGGUUAUGAAGGUUAUUUUGAGAAAUUUACCUUGCGCCCUUGUGGUAAUCUGGAAAAGCAGGGUCAGUAGAGCCCAUUACUGGUGUGCCCUACUUCUUGAUGUUACUUCAGUUUGUCGGAAUGAGUGGGGAGGGUAUAUGUAUCAUGUAUGGUUUCUCUAGCUGCCACAUGAAUUUAGCUGCUAUUGAUUUAAUUGUUAAUGGUGAUCAUCCAAUUAUUUGAAAAGGAAGAUGUGAUAGCCCACUAAUGAAGAUUAUUUAACUACCCUUGAGAGGAUAAUGCAAGAUGCAGGAAUGCCUUCAAGACUGCAAAUAUAUCAAAACAUGUUCAUGGGGAACGUUAAUCUCUUUUGGGAUGUUGUUGUUGAUGCUCAUAUGGAACUUAGGUAUGAUUAUAUUUGAACUUUAAUGACAUUUUGUGGUCUGGGAGGUGUUUUUUUUUAACAUUUGAUGUCAAGUACUUAAUCAACUUUGAAAAUGCUGAUCAAAUCCCUGGCCAUUUUGUCCCUAUUACAGCACUUGGUUCAAACAGAAAUUCCCCUAUUGCCACAAAUGUGAGUAUGUGGGGAGGCUCUAUUGUAUAAUGUUGUUUCUAAAAAAUUGCACCAUUUACUGGUGUUUAUUAUUUUCAUUUUCGGUGUCCGUUUGGUAACCAUGUUACGCUUAUCAUCCCCAAAUUUGAUCAAACAUAAAUAUUUUGAUUUUACGUGCUUAGAUGAUUUGUAAUGAUAAAAGCAAGGUUAGAGGUGCUUCUCCAACAAAUUAAUUAACUUAACUGGAUGAAUAUGACCAUAUAACCCUCUUUUUCUUAAACUUAUUAUUAUUAUUAUUAUUAUUAUAAAGUAUAUUUAAUUAUUUCUGUAUGAUUUAACAGAUUUUGCCAUUCACCUUAGUUUUAGUAACUUGAGCAGAUUCUUCCAAUUCCAGUAUUACCAAAUGAUUGUUUAUGAGAACAAAGUAAAUAAGUUUACCUCCAUUUUUUUGUAUAUCUAUUUACAUUUUUUUUUAUUUGCUCCAUUUUUAUUGGGCCAUUACCUUCUUUGUUCUAAUUUAUACUAAGAAAUGAGCAUCUGAAAAAUAGUAAAAUUUUCUCGGCUUGAUGACAACAACACCAACGUGUAUAGAUGUUAAAAAAGUGUCCAAGUUUAAUUUCACAUAGACAUAUACCCACAAACACCCUCCAUUUCUAAUCUCCCAUCAGAAACAUUAGGCCCCAUUCUACCCUAUCCUUUCAUUAUCAAAUUUUCACCUUCACUUUGUCUCCUAUUCCUCUUCGAUGGCUGAUUGCACGGCCAAAUCCAUUUGUUACGAAUAAUAUAUAUAAUUGCAAGAUUGAAAAUAAAACUAUAACAAAGAAAAGCAUUUUACCACAGUACUUUAUGAAAAAAUAGUCAGGUCUCUUUACAUUAUUUGUUAUAUAUAUAAGUUGUUUUUUACUCAUUGUUGGCAAGUAGUUGACAAAUUAAACGAAAUAUUAGUUUUUUGUAAUAAAGUAGAUGAUUGAAAAAGUUCUCACAUGACACAAACCGUAGAACAGGUGAAACCCAAAAAUAUAACAUUGAUAGAAUAAAAUUGUUCCUACAAACUAAUCAAACAACGCUUACACAAAACUUGAAUAUAGAAGGUUGGAAAUAUUUGAGUUAACUUAUACACCUUGAUAUAUACAAUAUGUUUUUGUAAUUACAUAUAUUUGUUUUUACAUAUAUGUAUAAUAUGACAUAACUUCACAUGAAAAUCUGUAAGACACUUUGUCAGUUCGUCACCUAAAAAUAAAACAUUUAAAUUUGAUAGUUGCACAUGCAUUGGUUAACACAGUCUCUUUAAUCCAGUAGUUUUUUAUUUUGUACAUUGUGUAUCCUUAUCCAAUAUCCACAUAAUAACCAAAGGAUCUUUUCAUGUAUCACUUGUUUUUAAUUGAUAUUAUAAAUAGUUAAGAGUGAUUGCAAAAAAAAAAAUAUGAAAAGAUAAUAAUUACCUUCAUAAAAAGAUUAUCUUCUGCAUCAGGAAAAAUGACUGCUUCCUUUUCCCUUCUGGCAAGCUCAGUCAAAAGUUCUAUAUGAUACCCGCAUGAUUAGGAUGUAUACUAAAUCAAGACGUACUAAUCAUAAGAAUAUACAUGAUAAAAAAUUAAUAAUAAUACUUAGAUGUGUUUGUAACGUACUCGUGGACACUCCGAAUAUAUGUAAAUCAAUUAUUUAUAAGAGUAAUAAGUAGAUAUAUCUAUACAUACCAUAACUCCAUCCAACACCUUGGAAUAGUUGGGACCACCUAAUCUUUGCUUCUCUGUUGCAGGUAUUAGUCAGUAACUUUUGGGAAUGUGUAAUUGCCAUGGCCGCUCUUUACGUCAUUUGAUCCUCAAAUCACGCCAACAAUUCUGUACAUCGAAACCCUGUCUUUUAUUAAGAACUUAUUCUCCUUGUUCUUUAUCAUUAUUCCACUGCUACUCUCAUUUGAUAACUCGCCAUAAACCUCAAACCACUCAACGUAAUUGGAGCACUACCCAUUCGUUCAUCCUCUCGAACCCCCUCCUUUCUUUUCUUGAAAACCAUUGCAAAUGCAUGGCCCAUCUCAAGCAAAUUCAGGCCCAAAUGGUCACCACUGGGCUAUUUUUAAAUGGAUUGGCAUCUAGUCGCUUGAUUGCCUUUUGUGCUAUCUCAGAAAUGGGAAGUCUUCAUUACUGCAAAGCAUUGUUGUAUCAUAUCCUAAACUCAAAUUCAUUUUCUUGGAAUGUUGCUAUUAGAGGUUUUAGUGAAAGCCAAAACCCAAUUGAAGCUUUAUUUUUGUAUAAAGACAUGUUAGUGUGUGUCAACAAUAACAAUGAUUCUGAUGAUGCUUUAAGGCCAGACAAUUACACUUUUCCAUUGUUGUUUAAGGUUUGUGGCAGAAUGUCAUUGUCCUACAUGGGUUUUGAGAUUCUUGGGCAUGUUACAAAAAUGGGUCAUUAUCAAGAUAGGUUUGUGCACAAUGCUUUGGUUCACUUCUUGGUGUGUUCUGGAAAGUUUGAAGUUGCAGAGAAGGUGUUUGGUGAAAUUUGUGAGAGAGAUGUGGUUUUGUGGAAUUCGUUGAUUAACGGGUAUGUAAAGAGCGCAAAACCUCGUGAGGCACUGAGCGUUUUUAGGGAAAUGAGAAUUGAGAGAGUUGAGCCGGACGAGAUCACUAUGAUUGGAAUGGCUUUAGCAUGCGGGCAGCUCAAAGAUUUAGACCUUGCUGUGAAAUUUCAUAGAUUUGUUGUGGAAAAUGCAAUAAAUGUAUCUUUACCUCUGUGUAAUUCACUUAUAGACAUGUAUGUGAAAUGUGGGGAUAUUGAGAAAGCAAAGGCUUUGUUUGGUAGCAUGGGGGAAAGAACUCAUGUCACUUGGACAACUAUGAUAACUGGGUAUGCGAAGUUUGGUUUUUUAAACAAUGCAAGAAAGUUGUUUGAUGAGCUUCCACACAAAGGCAAUGUUGUCACAUGGAAUGCUAUGAUUGGAGGAUACGUGCAAGCCUAUUGUGGAAAAGAGGCUUUGGUUUUGUUUCAAGACAUGCAAGCAAUGAAUGUUAAGCCUGACGAGGUGACCAUGGUUUGUUGUCUAUCCGCUUGCUCACAAGUAGGAGCUCAUGAAAUGGGUUGUUGGAUUCAUCAAUACAUCAAACUCCACAAUCUCUCCCUUAAUGUCUCUCUUGGGACUGCUCUAAUUGAUAUGUAUGCAAAGUGUGGCAAUCUUGAGAAGUCAAUUCAGGUUUUCCACGAGAUGCCAAAGAAAAAUGCUAUGACUUGGACAGCUGUUAUCGGUUCCCUAGCACUUCAUGGAGAUCCACACAAGGCCUUAUCCCAUUUCAGAAUGAUGGUUGAUGAUGCAGGUCUUGAACCGGAUGAUGUCACAUUUCUUGGGGUCCUCUUGGCCUGUAGGCAUGGAGGUUUAGUCGAUGAGGGCCGUAAGGUUUUUGCUGAAAUGACCUCAAGAUUUAACGUUUCCCCGAAAUCAAAACAUUAUUCCUGCAUGGUUGACCUUCUUGGUAGGGCCGGCUUGCUAGAAGAGGCAGAGACAUUGAUUAUGAGUAUGCCAAUCAAUGCAGAUGCUUCUGUUUGGGGAGCCCUAUUUUGUGGUUGUCAAAUCCACCGGAAUGUUGAGUUGGGCGAAAAGGCAGCUUUGAGACUUCUUCAGUUGGAUCCAGAUGAUAGUGGGAUUUAUGUUCAGCUUGCGAACAUGUACAUAGGAUUAAAUAUGUGGCAUAAAGCUAGGGAAGUGAGGAAGAUGAUGACCAAGAGAGGGUUGGAUAAAACUCCCGGCUGUAGCUCCAUUGAAGUGAAUGCCAACUUUUUUAAUGACAACUUUCAUGUUGACUCAGAUAAUAUUAUGAAUGUCCGAUUCUGUUGACAAGACAAACGGAACACCAUGAAUUUGUACACUGAAUAUUCUAAUUGCUGAAAGAUGACUUGUACUCUGAAAUUGGCAGCUAACUAUGGCAGUCAGGUAAUUAAGAAUCUAUAAUUGGCAGUUUACUUAUGACUAUCAGGUUGGAGUCCUUACUUCUUAGUAAUGACAUAUAUGGACCCAUG